GUGGAGUCUGGAGUUUCCAGUCCCUCCUGGCUUUCCGUUCUCCAGGUCUGUCUGCCGGAGUUGACCAAGGCCACCAUAUUGGGCGAGCGACCCGGCCUCUUAGGGGUCCGAGAGGAACAGAGAGCUGUGCAGAGCAGCUUCGGCGGCUCCAGGGAGUAGCCUCAUUCUCCUCUUGUCCUUGACUGUUCGCCGCGUCGCACCCCGUCGCCUCGGGAAUCCCAAGAGCCGGCAGCAGUAUGUUAAGGAUACCUGUAAGAAGGGCCUUAGUAGGCCUUUCUAAGUCUCCUAAAGGAUAUGUUCGAACAACUGCCACAGCAACAAGCAACUUGAUUGAAGUAUUUGUUGAUGGUCAGUCUGUCAUGGUGGAACCAGGAACUACCGUCCUCCAAGCUUGUGAGAAGGUUGGCAUGCAGAUCCCUCGAUUCUGUUACCAUGAAAGGUUGUCUGUUGCUGGAAACUGCAGGAUGUGCCUUGUUGAAAUUGAGAAAGCUCCUAAGGUUGUAGCUGCCUGUGCCAUGCCUGUAAUGAAAGGCUGGAAUAUCCUGACAAACUCAGAGAAAUCUAAGAAAGCCAGAGAAGGUGUGAUGGAAUUCUUAUUAGCAAAUCACCCACUGGACUGUCCUAUUUGUGACCAGGGAGGUGAAUGUGAUCUGCAGGACCAGUCCAUGAUGUUUGGAAGUGAUAGGAGCCGAUUUUUAGAAGGGAAACGUGCUGUGGAGGAUAAGAAUAUUGGGCCCUUGGUAAAGACCAUCAUGACUAGAUGUAUACAGUGUACUCGCUGCAUCAGAUUUGCAAGUGAGAUUGCAGGAGUAGAUGAUUUGGGAACAACAGGCAGAGGAAAUGAUAUGCAAGUUGGUACAUACAUUGAAAAGAUGUUCAUGUCUGAACUGUCUGGGAAUAUCAUUGAUAUCUGCCCUGUAGGUGCCCUAACCUCUAAGCCCUAUGCCUUUACUGCCCGGCCUUGGGAAACAAGAAAGACAGAAUCCAUUGACAUAAUGGAUGCAGUUGGAAGUAAUAUUGUGGUAAGCACAAGAACUGGGGAGGUGAUGAGGAUUUUGCCAAGAAUGCAUGAGGACAUCAAUGAAGAAUGGAUCUCUGAUAAAACCAGAUUUGCCUAUGAUGGGCUAAAACGUCAAAGACUUACCGAGCCGAUGGUCAGAAAUGAAAAGGGGCUAUUAACCUAUACCUCCUGGGAGGAUGCACUCUCUCGUAUAGCUGGAAUGUUUCAGAGUUUUCAAGGCAAGGAUGUGGCAGCAAUUGCAGGUGGCUUGGUGGAUGCAGAAGCCCUGGUGGUGCUCAAAGAUUUGCUUAAUAGAGUGGACUCUGACACUCUGUGCACUGAAGAGCUCUUCCCUACUGCAGGAGCUGGCACAGAUUUGCGUUCCAAUUAUCUUCUAAAUACUACAAUUGCUGGUGUGGAAGAGGCAGAUGUUGUCCUUUUGGUUGGUACAAAUCCACGUUUUGAGGCACCACUAUUUAAUGCUAGAAUUCGAAAGAGCUGGCUUCAUAAUGACUUAAAAGUGGCCCUUAUAGGCAGCCCAGUGGAUCUCACUUACAGAUAUGACCAUCUGGGAGAUUCCCCUCAAAUUCUUCAAGACAUUGCUUUGGGUAGCCAUCCAUUCAGCCAGGUCCUAAAGGCAGCUAAAAAACCAAUGGUCAUUUUAGGCAGUUCUGCACUCCAAAGAAACGAUGGGGCAGCAAUUCUCGCAGCUGUUUCCAACAUUGCUCAAAAGAUUCGGGCAAGUAGUGGUGUUACUGGUGAUUGGAAAGUUAUGAAUAUCCUUCAUAGGAUUGCAAGCCAAGUAGCUGCUUUGGACCUUGGCUAUAAACCUGGGGUGGAAGCAAUUCGUAAGAACCCUCCCAAAGUGCUUUUUCUCCUGGGAGCAGAUGGAGGUUGUGUCACUCGACAGGAUUUGCCAAAGGAUUGUUUCAUUAUUUAUCAAGGACAUCAUGGUGAUGUUGGAGCCCCUAUAGCUGAUGUUAUUCUCCCAGGGGCUGCUUACACAGAGAAGUCUGCUACUUACGUCAAUACUGAGGGCCGAGCUCAGCAGACUAAAGUAGCAGUGACACCUCCUGGCUUGGCAAGAGAAGACUGGAAAAUUAUAAGAGCCCUCUCUGAGAUUGCAGGUAUAACUCUUCCAUAUGAUACUCUGGAUCAAGUAAGGAACAGAUUGGAAGAAGUCUCUCCUAAUCUUGUUCGAUAUGAUGAUGUCGAAGGAGCUAAUUAUUUCCAGCAAGCAAAUGAGCUGUCCAAGCUUGUGAACCAGCAACUUCUUGCUGAUCCACUUGUUCCACCUCAGCUAACCAUUAAAGACUUCUAUAUGACAGAUUCAAUUAGCAGAGCCUCACAGACAAUGGCCAAAUGUGUCAAAGCUGUCACAGAGGGUGCCCAGGCAGUGGAGGAGCCAUCCCUGUGCUGAAACAUCUACUGGGAAUCCUGCAUGGUUACAAAUGGUUAACUGACAAUUAUGUUGGAGUAACCUCUCAGAGGUUUAUCUCUUUAAAACAUAACCUGAAUGAUGUAAUAUUUAAGGUUCUACCAUGCUUAUUUGAAAACAAUAUUGCAGUUUUCAAAGAACUUUGAGGUUUCAGAAACAUUUAUGUAUUCCGUGUCAAUGUUGUUAAAUAGUUUAAUAAACGUAUAUAGAUGCUCUUUCAUGUAAAAGUAUUGAUAAUCUUUGCCGUAAAUUUAAAGAAAAUCCUUAAAAUAUGAAUUUUUGUUCAUAGUCAUUGAUCAUUUAAUGUUUGUAAAAUGGAUGAAAUAAGAAGAGCUUCCAUUAUUAGGACCCAAUUUUUUCUAGUGCUAAAGAAAAGAUUUAAGCAUUCAGUCAUGCUGGAUAAAUAGAGAAAGUACAGUAAUAUAAUCAUACAUCAGAUAUAUAUCUUGGACAACUAUAAUUAAUAGUUGUCAUAAUAUUAUUAGAUGAUUAUUCAGCUUUCUCCAUGUGGUAAGCACUCUGGUUUUACAUGCAUUACCUUGUUUUGUCCUUGCUACAGCAACCCCAUGAGGUCGUUGGAAAUGACAACUGAAGUGCAGGGAUAUUAGGUAGCUUGCUCAAGGCCAUAGCAAAAAGUCACAGACCCAAGUCUAGUUCUCUCUGACUCCAAAGCCCAUUGUUCUUUUUUUCUUUUUUUUAAAUUAAGGUAUCAUUGAUAGACAAUCUUAUGAAGGUUUCACAUGAGCAACACUUGUGGUUCUACAUUCACCCAUAUUAUCAAGUCCUCCCAUAUAUCCCAUUACAGUCACUGUCCAUCAGCGUAGUAAGAUGCUAUAGAGUCACUACUUGUCUUCUUUGUGCUAUACUGUCUUCCCUGUGUCCCCCCUACAUUAUGUGUGCUAAUCAUAAUACCUCUUAACCCCCUGCUCUCUCCCUCCCCACCCACCCUUCCCACCCCCUACCCCUUGGUAACUGCUAGUACCCUCCUGGUGUCUGUGAGUCUGCUGCUGUUUUGUUCCUUCAGUUUUUGCUUUGUUAUACUCCACAAGCGAGUUGAAAUAAUUUGGUACUUGUCUUUCUCUGCCUGGCUUAUUUCACGGAGCAUAAUACCCUCUAGCUCCAUCCGUGUUGUUGCAAAUAAUGGGAUUUGUUUUCUUAUGGCUGAAUAAUAAUUCUAUUGUGUAUAUGUACCACCUCUUUAUCCAUUCAUCUACUGAUGGACACUUAGGUUGCUUCCAUUUCUUGGCUAUUAUAAAUAGUCCUGCAAUAAACAUAGGGGUGCAUAUGUCUUUUUGAAUCAGGGAUCUUGUUUCUUAGGGUAAAUUCCUAGGAGUGGAAUUCCUGAGUCAAAUGAUAUUUCUAUUUUUAGUUUUUUGAGGAACCUCCAUAUUGCUUUCCACAAAGGUUGAACUAAUUUACAUUCCCACCAAUAGUGUAGAAGGGCUCCCCUUUCUCUGCAUCCUCGCCAGCAUUUGUGGUUUCUUGUAUUUUUGGUGUUGGCCAUCCUAACUGGUAUGAGGUGAUAUUUCAUUGUGGUUUUAAUUUGCAUUUCCCUGAUGAUUAGCAAUGUGGAGCAUCUUUUCAUGUGCCUGUUGGCCAUCCAAAUUUCUUCUUUGUAGAAGUGUCUUUUCAGAUCCUUUGCCUAUUUUUUUAAUUGUGUUAUUUGCUUCUUGGGUGUUGAGGCAUGUGAGUUCUUUAUAUAUUUUGGAUGUUAACCCCUUAAUGUAUAUGUUGGUUAUGAAUAUAUUCUCUCGUACAAUAGGAUGCCUUUUUGUUCUGCUGAUGGUAUCCUUUGCUGUACAGAAGCUUUUUAGCUUGAUGUAGUCCCAUUUGUUCAUUUUUGCUUUUGUUUCCCUUGCCCAAGGACAUGUGUUCAGGAAAAAGUUGCUCAUGUUUAUAUUCAAGAGAUUUUUGCCUAUGUUUUCUUCUAAGAGUUUUAUGUUUUCAUGACUUAUAUUCAGGUCUUUGAUCCGUUUUGAGUUUACUUUUGUGUAUGGAGUUAGACAGUAAUCCACUUUAAUUCUCUUACAUGUAGCUGUCCAGUUUUGCCCACACCAGUUGUUGAAGAGGCUGUCAUUUCCCCAUUGUAUAUGCAUGGCUCCCUUAGCAUAUAUAAUUGGCCAUACAUGUGUGGGUUAAUAUCUAGACUCUCUAUUCCAUUGGUCUAUGGGUCUAUUCUUGUGCCAGUACCAAAUUGUCUUGAUUACUGUGCAAAGCCCAUUGUUCUUUACUGCUGCACUUAAUUCCCUCCUAUCAAUAGAGAUUCUAUAGGUUGUUAUUUCUAAGAAUUAGCAUUGAGAAGCUUGAUGGACAAUGCAUUUUUCUGUUUUCUCUUGAAUUGGUGUUUAUAUAAUGUCAUGGUGAUUUAGCUGACAUUUUUCUUUGUGUAAUAGAUUACACAUGCAUGCACACACACACAGACACACCCUUGAAGUGAGGGACAUCUCGAGAUAAAUUGAGAUAUUUGAUGUUCCAUAUUCAGUAUAUUAACACCAUCUGCAGUAGUAGGUCAACUAAAUUAUUUUAUACAACUAACAGGUUUUGUAAUUUUCAGUUAUCAAAAUAAGUAAAAAUUUUAUAAUCUAAAGCUAUAUUAAAUUUUUUUCAAAACCUCUGUUCAGAAUCCUUUUGUUUUGCAAUCCUCAUUCCUUGCUGCUUUCAUUAAAGAUUAGCCCAACUAUAGAAUGUGGUUUUCCUGAUAAAACAAAGUAUAAGAUAUUUAGAAUAAUAGUAUGUCAUCAAUACUCUAUCUUCAAAAAUUACAUAAAAUUUGUCACUUUUAACAGCUUUUUAGGAACUAUUUUAUCCACAUUAGUGGUGUGUCAUGAAAUUGUAUACUUGGCUUAAAGUACUUUGCUUAAAAUUCUCAGUUGUCUGAAAUUGUAUAAAUUCCUGCUGAAAGUCUUUGAAUUCAAUACAAACUUUCUGUCAUUCUCUACUUUCUUUACUGCUUAGCACUGUUGGUGACCUCACAACACAGGGGCAUACACUCUCAGUUUUGUAUUUUCCGGGGUACUCUUCAGUCAAUGGGUGUAAACUUCAUAGGGUUGUUGGUGAGAAAAUAUUGUGUUCAAGUGGAGAAGAGGUGACAGAUGACUAAGAUGGUCCAGGAUUUUUGGGCUGCCAUCCAGGCAGCAUGUGUUGAAUUUGUAAUUCUGUAAAAAAUACUUUGCCUGGGGUGAUUAGUGCUCAAUAAAAUUCAUUGGUUUUUACAUAAAGUAAACAUGAAAGUCUGUCUCAGGCACCUAUUAAUCACAUAAUGUUAAAUAUUAAGGUUAUUAUGAGCAUACAUAUUAUAGAUGGCUGCCAGGAAAAGAAAGACUUUCUGAAGAAAAACCUACAGGUAGAAGAAAAAUAGGCAUAGGUGAGAAUAACCUGGCUAAUGGAAUUAUGAUUCAAAGCAAAGAGUCCUAUAGCAUGUUACUUCUAUGAUAGACAAUGACUGCAGUGGGUGGGGUGAGGACUUGAUAAUAUGGGUGAAUAUUGAAACCACAAUGUUGUUCAUGUGAAACCUUCAUUAGAGUGUAUUUUCAAUGAUACUUUAAUUAAAAAAAUAAAAUGGAAAAAAGGAAACUGUGUCAACAGUGAGGACAUAUACAAAGGCUCAAGACCAAGUCCCUCUGGUCAAAGAAGGCCAGCUGGAAAGACUGUGGAACAAUGCCAUUUAAAGAGGACCUUCUAAAUAUGUGCCAUUAAAGCUUUAAGUAUUUUGUGUCUUAAUUUUCACAAAACCCGGCUGACAACGGGUAUUAAUUGAGACCCAAGAAAUAUCAAAUAACUUGCCCACGGUUACAGAGUUAGAAACUAAAGGCAAGGGGGUUUAGAGAGAUUUUUACUGCCCCAUGUUGCCUUAAAUGAAAACCUUUGAACAGCUAUAAAAAUUGAAUAAAUGUUGAAGAAAAAUCUUAAAGCUUGAACUCCAUAUAGGAUUCCCCCAAAUUUACUGUGCAUUGUACUAUAAUGAAUAUAUUAAUAAAAAUUAUUAUGCAUUAUUAACAAUA